AGCAGCAGCAAGCACCAGUCAUCUUCAGGAAAGUUCAUCAUGCCAGGACGCCCCUUGUGGCAGGUUGCAGGAAAGCGGGAGCCGGAACAGGAAGCACAGGCCCAGGCAUGGAUUGAGACCGUAGUGGGGGAGCGCUUCCGCCCCGGAGUCCCAUAUGAGGAUGUGCUGAGGGACGGCAUUAUCUUAUGCAAACUGAUGAACAAGUUGCAGCCAGGCAUAAUCACCAAAAUAAAUACUUCUGGCGGCGAUUACAAGAUGAUGGACAACCUGAACCAGUUCCAGAAAGCCUGUAUUGCUUAUGGCGUCCCCGAUGUGGACUUGUUUCAAACUGUGGACUUGUGGGACCGGAAGAACAUUGCCCAAGUCACAAUGACCAUCUUCGCCAUUGGCAGAACAGCAUACAAGCACCCCGAGUGGCGCGGACCCUGGCUGGGACCAAAACCUUCCGAAGAGAACCGGAGAGAUUGGAGUGAGGAGCAACUCCGAGCCGGCGAGACGAUGAUUGGGCUCCAGGCCGGUUCCAACAAAGGCGCCACCCAAGCCGGCCAGAGCUUCGGUGCCACCAGGAAGAUUCUGUUGGGGAAAUAAAUCCGUACACUGUAA